AUGUUUCGAUCUAAUUCCCAUUUUUUAAUGGUAACAAACCUGCGGUUUUUAGAACUGCAAAAAAUGUUACUAAAUAGAUUUCAGAUUUUUAAAAAUGAAGAAAUAAGAAUAUUAAAAAAAGAUAAUAUGAAAACAAUUUUAUAUGAAUGGGCAAAGUUUUUAACACGAGAAAAUAUAGAAACAAAUAUAACAAAUAUUCCUGAACAAGUAUUAGAAAAUAAAAUUGUGACUAAAAUUAUAAAUGAUGACAUUGAUUGUAAAUGGCUAGUUAAUAAAAUCAAUGUUAAAAAUCAAAGUGAAAACAAUAUUAUAAAAAAUGAAGAAUUAAAAAAAAUUGAUAAUCUUCAUUUUGAUGAAUACCCACAGUUAUUUUAUUAUGAAUAUCCCCAAUUCCCAUAUAAUUAUUAUGACAAAAAAAAAAUGACAAAUUUUUAUUCACUUAUAAAAUUCCCAUAUAAUGAUAUAAUUAACAUUUCGAGAAAAAUAAAAAAUGAUAAGGGGGAUGAGCAAAAUGGUAAGGAAAAUAAACAAAAUGAAGAUAAAGAUAGCUUAAAUUCUGAUAACUAUGGUUGUGAUAAUUAUAUUUAUGCUCCCUCAGAAAUGGAAACAUCGAAAGAAAACUAUCGUCAAAGCUAG